AUGUAUGACGGCACCGGCGACCCAGACGACCACAUCACUCAGUACAAACAAAGGAUGCUAGCUGUAGCACUCCCAAGGGAGUUCCGCGAGGCCACCAUGUGCAAAGGAUUCGGCUCAACUCUGAUUGGACCCGCGUUGCAAUGGUACAAUAAUCUAUCAAUCAGAUCCAUAUCUUCGUUCGCAACUCUCAGCGAUGGGUUUGUGGAGCAGUUCGUAAGUAGCUGGAACCUGGAGAAAACCUCGGAUAGCCUCUAUGAAAUCCUCCAGCAUCGGGCCGAACCCUUUCGCGAUUACAUAGCUCGCUUCAAUCAGGAAAAGGUAUUGAUUCCUAAAUGCAACGUCACCACAACAAUCUCAGCCUUCAAAAGAGGCCUGCUCCCAUACGGGAAUCUCUACAAGGAAUUGACCAAGUAUCAGUGUAAAACUAUGGAAGACGUAUUAUCCCGAGCUUGGGCCCAGGUAAAAUGGGAGGAAGACGUCGCAAGCCGUGCUAGGACUCAGCAGAAACAAGCAACCAGGCAAGACCGGAGUGAUCGAGACGAGAGGUCCUCCCAGAAACCCAAGAAAGACCAAGGAGGCAGGAACCGGGACAGGUACACGAGUCGUCCACUCGAGAGAGCGGAAGGGAUGUCGGUGUCUACCUGA